AUGGAGAUGAAGGUGGCUAAACUGCCCAUGGGCAGGCGUUCUUUUACGGCUGGAGAUGUUGUGAUGUGCUGUGAGCCCGUGGUGUGGGUACUGGAGAGUGGCGCCUACAAAACACGCUGUGCUUAUUGUCUGCGGCAAAGCCAGAACCUGGUCACCUGUGCCAGAUGCAACCUGCAUCGCUACUGCAGCGUCGCUUGUCAGACUGCUGACUUGGAGCUGGAGCAUAACCUGGAAUGCACACUACUGCAGCAGGCGACUGGUAUGGAAACUGCGCCAACACCACCGGACAGCAGCGCGGAGUACAGUUUCGACGUGCCUCAAGAGCUCAUCGCCAAGUUGGCCAACAAAAUCAAGUUAAACCAGAUGGUGGAUGUUCCGGGAAUGGGUCAGAAGUCUGUCAAAGAUCUGCUGUCCAUUCUGCCAACCAAUCCCGAUCAAGCGGAAAUCGAACGCAGUCUGCUGCCAAAAAUAUCCGCUGGAGAGUCCAAGCAUUCCAUGUUAAUCGAUCUACCUGCAGCCGAUGUGUUGACCUAUUUUGGAAUCCUGCGCUACAACGUUCUGUCUUUGUUCGAUGGGCUGUUUAGCCCCAACCCACGGAUCGGCUUGGCGCUGUAUCCACAUGGACCGCACUCGAUGACGCCGGUGUGCUGGGACAUCAAUGUGGUGGUGAACUACCAAGCCCGACGUACCGUCAUGCAUGCCGUGGAAGACAUUCCGCAGUAUACCGGACCGUCAGAUCUACGACACACUACCAUCCUGAAAGUAUUCUGCCUGACACGAGCGGAGCGUCGUGCUGCAUUCGAGCAUCACCAUGGCUAUCCGUGUACUUGUCGACGAUGCACGCCGGAAUAUGAUGCCGAAAUUAAUCCGUUACGCUGCGUAAUGAAGGGCUGCUCGAACCGAAUUCCCAGCGACAGCCGUGCACAACAGGCUUGCUCGGAUUGCGGUGCCAUCAACAGUGACCGGUUGCAGAAGUUUCGUGAGUUUUCCGAGCAGCAUGAGAAGAUCCGGACGAGCUACCCGGAGAAGCGCCGCGCGGCCAUGGUCUUGCAGCUCUGCCGAGAAAUAGACGCCGCGGGCAUUCUGCAGCCGGAUGCGCAUUUCCGCUACGUGUGCGGCUGGGAAUUACCGCAGAAAUACUUCGACGAAAAUCGCUAUGAAGAAGGCUGGAAGAUGAUCGCGGAAAUGAUUGUUUGCGUGCGGAAGAUUUACCCAAAGUAUGCGGUGUUCCGUGCGCGUGAACUGAAUUUAGCGGGAUGGUCGGCCAUUGAUGCGCUGGAAAAGCGAAUGCAGAAUAUUGGGCCGGUUCCGAUGUCUCGAUCGGCCAUCCUUGAAGUGUGUGAGCUGGUGAAGAAUUAUUGUGGAGAAGCGAAGGAUAUUUUAGCGAAGCUGUUUGGCACGCAGUGCUACGGCGCCCAGAAAUUCCUAGCCACUUGUGGGCAUGUAUAUAUGAAAGCGUUCCGCAUUCAGCAGGCUCUGUACAGCCGUAAAUAAUGUUCUUGAUGUUGUCCA